AUGUAAGCUUCUUCUUCUUUUUUUUCUCUAAUUCAUUUACUGUCAUAAGAUCUAUUUAGUUUCUACUACUGGGUUUUCAAAAACAAGCAAAACCCCAUUAUUUAGUGAUCAAAUUCUGUUUGUUUGGUUGAUUUAUUUUGAGAUCUGAUUAGUUUUUGAAAUUGGGUUUUGAAAAAUGAGGAAACCCACAAAAGAAUCAGAGUUAAACACUGAGCCAAUCGGUCAAAAUCUGAUCAAAUUGAUUAGUAAUCUCUGUUUCUCUGUUUUUGUGUUGUCGGUUCUUAUAUUUACAGCCAUUGCUAUCACUUAUCAACCACCAGAUCCAUGGCUGGAAUCAGCUCCUUCUUUAACCAAGCUCUUCACUCAAACUGAAAAUGCCACUUUUAAAAUCGAUGAUUCCAUUGUUAAAACCGGUGAAGAUUUGGUUUCUUCGCCGGUUCCGGCGAUUCCCCCUGCUUUAGCACCUAAUCCCAUUACUGAAACCGAUGAUUCCAUUGUUAAAACCGGUGAGGAUUCUAUUUCUUCGCCGGCUCCGGCAAUUCCCCCUGCAUUAGCAACCAAUGAUUCCGUUGUAAAAACCGGUGAGGAUUCUGUUUCUUCGCCGGCUCCGGCAAUUCCCCCUGUUUUAGCAACCAAUGAUUCUGUUGUAAAAACCAGUAAGGAUUCGGUUUCUUCGCUGGCUCCAGCUAUGUCCCCUGUUGUAGCACCCAAUCCGGUUACUAAAACCAAUGAUUCGGUUGUUAAAUCCGGUGAAGAAAGCAAAUCUUCACCAGCUCCGGCAAUGUCCCCUGCUUUAGCACCCAAUCCUGUUACUAAAACCAACGAUUCGGUGGUCAGAACCGGUCUGGCUCCAGCUCCGGCAACGUCCCCUGCUUUGGCACCCACUCCCAUUGUUGAAACCGAAGCAAAAACCCCAAAAUCCGAUUGUGAGGAGUUAAAACACGUGAAUUGUUCAGAUCCACGGGUUUUACUCGCAAUCAAGAAAUUCAAUUCAAAAACUUUCAAGUCCAUUGUGAUUUUGGAGUAUCAAACACCGGUCAACGGCUCGAAACCGGAUGAAUGCGAUGUUGCUUGGAGGUUUCGGAACAAAAAGGAAAGAUCUUGGAGAAAGUACAGAGAUUUUAGAAGGUUCGAGUUUGGGAUCGGAGUGAAUUGUACUUACAGAGUGAUCCAUACAGGCCGUUGGCAUUCGGGAAUCAACGCUCGACGACCUUGGAUUCGGCCUAACCCGAAGUUCACUCGACCGAUACGUGAUGAAGAGAUAAACGAUACAAUCCCGACUUUACUGGAAACAAACUUUAGGAAAGGGAAGUAUUUGUAUUAUGCAAGAGGAGGAGAUUAUUGUAAGGGAAUGAACCAUUACUUAUGGAGUUUCUUAUGUGGUUUAGGGGAAGCUAUUUAUUUGAAUAGAACAUUUGUGAUGGAUUUAAACAUGUGUUUAUCGGCAACUCAUAGUUCGAGUCAUAAAGACGAAGAAGGCAAAGAUUUCCGGUUUUAUUUCGACUUCGAGCAUCUUAAAGAAACUGCGUCCGUUGUGGAAGAAAUUGAGUUUUUACGAGAUUGGAAGAAAUGGGAUAAAGGUCAUAAAAGAAAAGUACCAUUGAAGAAGAUAAAGAGCUAUAAAACGACACCAAUGCAACUCAAAAAGGAUAAAAGCACAAUCAUAUGGAGACAAUUUGAUGGACCAGAGCCUGAUAAUUAUUGGUAUAGAGUAUGUGAAGGGCAAGCUGCUAAGUACAUUCACAGACCGUGGCAUACAAUAUGGAAAUCGAAACGAUUGAUGAACAUCGUAACCGAGAUAAGCGGACGUAUGGAUUGGGAUUUCGACGCUAUUCACGUCAUCCGUGGUGAAAAAGCACAAAACAAACAACUUUGGCCGAAUCUGGAUUCCGAUACCUCCCCUAACGCAAUCUUAACCAAGCUUCAACAAAUGGUUCAACCGUGGAGGAACCUUUACGUUGCGACAAACGAGCCGUUCUACAAUUACUUCGAUAACUUGAGGUCACAUUACAAGGUUCAUUUGCUUGAUGAUUAUAAGGAAUUGUGGAACGUGGGGAGCGAGUGGUACAACGAGACGACGUUGCUUAACGGCGGGAAACCGGUCGAGUUCGAUGGUUACAUGAGAGCUGUUGUGGAUACCGAGGUACUUUAUCGAGCGAAAACUCGUGUUGAAACCUUUUAUAAUCUGACUAAAGAUUGCAAAGAUGGAAUUAAUACAUGUUGAACAGGUUGUUUAAUUGAUUCAUAUUGCUUUGAUUAUGUUAGAAAAUGUAAUUGGUUGAUGUAUUCUUGUAUUGUUUUUUUAUUACAAUUUAUGUCAUUAUCAGUUCAUCAUAUGUUUGUUGUUUUUUUGUCAUAAGUGUGUAUUCAUAUAUAGACUAUGAAAAUGUUUAUGGUAUAAUUCCGGUUUUGGUCC